GUAGUUCGGAUUCGUAGGCGUGCCUUUAAUAUGUGUAGGCCGGAACAUUUUUUAUGGAUUGUGGUUUUUUACCUUUAUUUACUUCCAAUGUUGUACUGUCUACAAUCCUGUGAGAUGGCCGCAAACAGAUUGCUCCAGGAAGGAAACCUUGGAGAGACAGGAACUUUCCCGUGGCUCGGUGUACUGAGAGUGCACUUACACGAAGGCGACUCGUUGAAGAUAGCCGUCACGGGUAUAGUAUUGGUAAAGGACAAAUACGCUAUAGCUAAUGCGGACGAUGUCUCUCGGAUACCCAAACAUGUAUUCAGGGACGACAGUCAAGCGAUGUUCGUACCUACAGCUGGAAAGCCUUGGUACAGUCGUCUUAAAGACUAUAUCACUCAUUUCGAGUAUGACUACGCCACUUUUCACACUAUUGCCCUCGUCGAACUAGCUGCCGAUGAAAUUCCGUUCAAACCUAUUUGUUGGCCUGGAUAUUCGUUCAACACCUCCACUGAUCUGUAUGCUGUGGGAUACACUGAUGAGAGGCAGCUUUUGGAAAAAGUUAUAUAUAAAUUGCAAUACAUAAGUCAAGAGAUGUGCACCGAAUUCUACCAGAGGUCCGGACUGCUGUCUAGUACGAAGUAUAUCCCCACACAUUUCCAGUGUGGCUUUGCUGUUAACUACCGGGAGAACUGUGCGUGGGAUAAUGGAAUGGUGAUGGUUUCCAAUACUACUGGUACCUGGAUGUUGAUCGCCUUUGGUAUACAAGGGCCGGGGUGCGCGGUGCCUUCUCGCUUCAUCGACAUCUUUACUUAUUUGCCCUGGAUCCAAUCGACUACCUCCAUAGAAUCAGUCUAUGAUGAUUUUAGAAAGAAAGCCGUCCAUACGCUACAAUGACCGUUUACCAUUAAAUGAGUUAUAUUCUUGUUUGUAUAAUGAUACAAUUUCCUUGACUUUUUUAAAACAAAGCUGCCCUUAUAGUGAGUGAGAUGGGCAGGUUACGAAGGUACCUAAAAAUAUUUCAUUUCAGUUUCUGAUUGAGAAUUUAAUUAUUUACUAAUGGCUUAAUUUACUAACCCCAGCAUUUCACGUAUAGGUAGAUAGAAAGAAAAAAUACUAUUUUACUUGGACCAAUAGAAGGUAACAACAAUGUAAGGCUGUACACUGGUACCGCAGUAUUUUGCUUACUUUUAACAUUUUUUAAUACUUCGACAUAAAUUAUUGUAAUUUUCGUAGGGAUCUCUAAUAUUUUUGGAAAUAUUAUAUAGUUUAUUUUUGGGUCACUGCGACACACUUGGUGAAAACAUAUCUCCAAUAUUAAUUUUAUGUUUUAUAUGUUGUUUUAUAUUUGAAAAAUGUAAAUAAUCAAAUUGUAUCAUUUUAUUCAUUAAUUUACGUGUGUUAAAUGGCUCAAAUAAAGUGUUUAUCUAUCUAUCUAUCUAUCUUUAUGUUACUCACUAAUAAUUACAUAGCUUUUUACAAGUGUUUUUUUUUUAAUCUGUUAAGUAGAGCUUAGAUUAUAUAGAUAGCGCAUCGAGUCACAAAAACGGGUCAACUUCUUGUCUAAUUGUCAAAUUAGCUUACUCAUGUUUUUAUCAGCAUUCUCUAUACGCAUACGCAUAAAAUAUAUCUUGACGUAUUAUUUAAUAAAUAAAAUUAUUAUUUACACAUUUAAAAAAAAAAAACAAAAUAAAUAUAGAAGUUAUAAAGGAAUAGUUUGCCACAUAACUAAUUAUGUGGCAAAGUUGUAUGAAAAAGUUGACCCGUUUUUCUCGAGGCAUUAUAUGUGCACACUUUAUCUAUAUAAUGUAAUUUUAUGUGAUUAUCCAUUACAAAUAAACAUACAAAAAGUAAACUCAUUCUUUUUUAUUAUGUUAAUUUAAAUUUACAUAAGCGCGACCGGUUAAUAAAGUGUAUGUAUUUUACAAAUAUAUUAAAAUUGUAACAAAACCUCUGCACAAAAUUGGAUGUAUUUAUCACAGUC